AUGCCACCUAAAAGAAAAGCAGUUUGGGAUGACCUGGCACAAAGAAUGUCAGCGAAGCGAACCACAAAAGCUGGACAGAAAGCAAGCGAUAAAACGCCUAAUGCGCCAUCUGAAAUAAUCGUCCAAAAGCUCUCAUCCGAGCCAGACAACAAACAGACGUACAAGCCAAUUCAACCACGUGAGUUCGUCUCAUUUGAAUAUAAAGAACUCACACUGCUAAAUCUUAAAAAAGCAUGUGCAUCACAUUUUAAUCUGCCGUACGCAACGUGCGAUGUUUUGGUAUCAAAUAAAGGCCCCUCAUGUACGAAUAUUAAUCAGAUACCAUAUCGAAAAGACAAG